AUGGCGCCGACCACGAGCAUCCGGCUCGGCCUGGAACGGAUCCGCCGCCUGCUCCACUGCCUCGCCGACCCGCACCUGCAGAUACCGAUCAUCCAUGUGGCGGGGACGAACGGCAAGGGCUCGGUGGUCGCGUACGAGGCCGAGAUCCUGCGGCGCUCGGGAUACCGCGUCGGCAGGUUCACCAGUCCGUUCCUGCUCGACCCGGCCGACUCGAUCGUCCUCAACGGCCACCCCGUCGACCGGCAGACCUUCGAGCACACCAAGACUCGCAUCCACGCACUCGUCGCCCAGCACAGGCUCGAGCUCACCGCCUUCGAGCUGCUCACCGCCCUCGCCUUCCAGGUCUUCGCCAGCCAUCGGCCCUCGCUCGAUCUGGCGGUCAUCGAGGUCGGGCUCGGCGGCCAGCUGGACUCCACUAACGUCGCCGAGAGUGCAAACACCCUCCUGAGCUGCAUCACGCCCAUCUCCAUCGACCACCAGGCCUUUCUGGGAUCCACCGUCUCCGAAAUCGCCCGCCAGAAGGCCGGCAUCGCCAAGCCGAACGUGCCCAUUCUCCUCGCCCAACAGUCCUAUCCCGAGGUCCAGCCGAUCGUCCGCGCCAAAGCAUCCCUCGAGUCAUCCGAUCUCUUCUCCGUCCGGCCCUAUCCGCUCCCUCACCCUGCUGCCGAGCACCUCCCGCCCUUGCCGUUGAUGCCCACCGAGGACCAUCUUUCCUCCGGCUGCAGCCAGCUCGAUCUAUCCAUGCACCCAUCGCGGACGGUCCCGAACUCACUGAACCCGGAUGCUGGCUUCCAGCACCAAAACGCAGCCACUGCCACCGCCCUGGCCCAUCUCCUUCGGACGCACAAACACCCGCUCAAGCUCCUGCCCUCGCUAGCCGAGAAGAUCACAGACCACGCGAUCAUCGAAGGCCUCCGGACGACGCGCUGGAAGGGCCGCCUCGAGCUUGCCGAGUACAGAGGCGCCCGGCUCCUGCUCGACGGCGCACAUAAUCACGCCUCCGCCCAGGUGUUGGGCGACCAUAUCAAGCAGCUCGGCCGGCCCGUCACGCUCCUCAUCUCGCUCAGCGCCCCCAGAGACCCUGGCGAACUCAUCGCGGCACUCGAUCUGGGCCGUAUGCGCUGGCCGCCCCAGCUGGUCGCCACUACCUUCUCCGUCCCGGAGGAUAUGGACUGGGUCAAGCCGGUUCCUCCACACGACAUUGCCGCCCAAUUCCAGCUCCUUACAUCCGCAACUCAGUCAGCUGCUAGGAUCGCUGACAAUCCGCUGGAUGCGUUGCAUCAAGCGAUUCAAAUCGCCAGGUCCAAAGACGAGCUCAUCGUUGUCUGUGGCAGUCUCUAUCUAGUCUCCGAUAUCCUGCGAAUCAUCGAUAGCACUCAACACCAACCCACAAUCAGUUGA